GGAGCCGCCGCGGGAGCCCGCCCGGAGGAGCGGGGCCAGGGCCAUGGAGCUGCUCAAGCUGAACCGGAGCGUGCCGGGAUCCGGACCCGGGCCAGGGGCUUCCCUGUGCCGCCCGGGGGUCCCCCUCCUCAACAGCAGCGGUACUGGCAACCUCAGCUGCGAGCCCCCUCGCAUCCGCGAAGCCGGGACACGAGAAUUGGAGCUGGCCAUUAGAGUCACCCUUUAUGCAGUGAUCUUUCUGAUGAGCGUUGGAGGAAAUGUGCUCAUCAUUGUGGUCCUGGGACUGAGCCGCCGCCUGAGGACUGUCACCAACACCUUCCUGCUCUCUCUGGCAGUCAGCGACCUCCUGUUGGCUGUGGCCUGCAUGCCCUUCACCCUCCUGCCCAAUCUCAUGGGUACAUUCAUCUUUGGCACAGUCGUCUGCAAGGCGGUUGCCUACCUCAUGGGGGUGUCUGUGAGUGUGUCCACACUAAGCCUCGUGGCCAUCGCCCUGGAGCGGUACAGCGCUAUCUGCCGACCACUGCAGGCUCGGGUGUGGCAGACGCGCUCCCACGCAGCUCGUGUGAUCGUAGCCACAUGGAUGCUGUCUGGACUGCUCAUGGUGCCCUAUCCCGUGUACACCGUUGUGCAGCCAGCGGGGCCCCGUGUGCUGCAGUGCGUGCAUCGCUGGCCCAGUGCGCGGGUUCGCCAAACCUGGUCGGUACUGCUGCUUCUGCUCUUGUUCUUCAUCCCGGGUGUGGUUAUGGCAGUGGCCUACGGGCUUAUCUCCCGCGAGCUCUACUUAGGGCUUCGCUUUGACGGUGACAGUGACAGCGAGAGCCAGAGCCGAGUCCGAAGCCCAGGAGGGCUGCCAGGUCCUGCUCAUCUAAACGCGCGUUGCCGGCCGGAGACCCGGAUGGCUGGCGAGGAUGGUGAUGGCUGUUAUGUGCAGCUUCCGCGUUCCCGGCCUGCACUGGAGCUGUCGGCGCUGACCGCGCCCACUCCUGGGACAGGAUCUGGCCCCCGGCCUGCCCAAGCCAAGCUGUUGGCGAAGAAGCGCGUGGUGCGCAUGUUGCUAGUGAUCGUUGUGCUUUUUUUCCUCUGUUGGUUGCCAGUAUACAGCGCCAACACUUGGCGCGCCUUUGAUGGCCCUGGUGCCCACCGCGCGCUUUCAGGUGCUCCCAUCUCUUUUAUCCAUUUGCUGAGCUAUGCCUCUGCCUGUGUGAACCCCCUGGUCUACUGCUUCAUGCACCGUCGCUUUCGCCAAGCCUGUCUCGAUACUUGCGCCCGCUGCUGCCCCCGGCCACCACGAGCUCGCCCCAGGCCUCUUCCAGACGAGGACCCUCCCACCCCCUCCAUUGCUUCACUGUCCAGGCUGAGCUACACCACCAUCAGCACACUGGGGCCUGGCUGAGGGGUGGGGGCAGAGUGGGGACUGAGGCAGGACAGACCAAUUCCUACAAGCACUGACCCAUCCAGACACACAAGAGACACAGACCAAAACUGACACA